AUGCCCGGAGGAACGUGGCCUCUUAUGCCCGGAGGAACGUGGCCUCUUAUGCCCGGAGGAACGUGGCCUCUUAUGCCCGGAGGAACGUGGCCUCUUAUGCCCGGAGGAACGUGGCCUCUUAUGCCCGGAGGAACGUGGCCUCCUAUGCCCGGAGGAACGUGGCCUCUUAUGCCCGGAGGAACGUGGCCUCUUAUGCCCGGAGGAACGUGGCCUCUUAUGCCUGGAGGAACGUGGCCUCUUAUGCCUGGAGGAACGUGGCCUCUUAUGCCUGGAGGAACGUGGCCUCUUAUGCCUGGAGGAACGUGGCCUCUUAUGCCUGGAGGAACGUGGCCUCUUAUGCCUGGAGGAACGUGGCCUCUUAUGCCCGGAGGAACGUGGCCUCUUAUGCCUGGAGGAACGUGGCCUCUUAUGCCUGGAGGAACGUGGCCUCUUAUGCCUGGAGGAACGUGGCCUCUUAUGCCCGGAGGAACGUGGCCUCUUAUGCCCGGAGGAACGUGGCCUCUUAUGCCUGGAGGAACGUGGCCUCUUAUGCCUGGAGGAACGUGGCCUCUUAUGCCCGGAGGAACGUGGCCUCUUAUGCCCGGAGGAACGUGGCCUCUUAUGCCCGGAGGAACGUGGCCUCUUAUGCCCGGAGGAACGUGGCCUCUAAUGCCUGGAGGAACGUGGCCUCUUAUGCCCGGAGGAACGUGGCCUCUUAUGCCCGGAGGAACGUGGCCUCUUAUGCCUGGAGGAACGUGGCCUCUUAUGCCUGGAGGAACGUGGCCUCUUAUGCCCGGAGAAACGUGGCCUCUUGUGCCCGGAGGAACGUGGCCUCUUAUGCCCGGAGGAACGUGGCCUCUUAUGCCCGGAGGAACGUGGCCUCUUAUGCCCGGAGGAACGUGGCCUCUUAUGCCCGGAGGAACGUGGCCUCUUAUGCCUGGAGGAACGUGGCCUCUUAUGCCCGGAGGAACGUGGCCUCUUAUGCCUGGAGGAACGUGGCCUCUUAUGCCUGGAGGAACGUGGCCUCUUAUGCCCGGAGGAACGUGGCCUCUUAUGCCCGGAGGAACGUGGCCUCUUAUGCCCGGAGGAACGUGGCCUCUUAUGCACGGAGAAACGUGGCCUCUUAUGCCCGGAGGAACGUGGCCUCUUAUGCCCGGAGAAACGUGGCCUCUUAUGCCCGGAGAAACGUGGCCUCUUAUGCCCGGAGGAACGUGGCCUCUUAUGCCCGGAGGAACGUGGCCUUUUAUGCCCGGAGGAACGUGGCCUCUUAUGCCCGGAGAAACGUGGCCUCUUAUGCCCGGAGAAACGUGGCCUCUUAUGCCCGGAGGAACGUGGCCUCUUAUGCCUGGAGGAACGUGGCCUCUUAUGCCCGGAGGAACGUGGCCUCUUAUGCCCGGAGGAACGUGGCCUCUUAUGCCCGGAGGAACGUGGCCUCUUAUGCCCGGAGGAACGUGGCCUCUUAUGCCCGGAGAAACGUGGCCUCUUAUGCCCGGAGGAACGUGGCCUCUUAUGCACGGAGAAACGUGGCCUCUUAUGCCCGGAGGAACGUGGCCUCUUAUGCCCGGAGAAACGUGGCCUCCUAUGCCUGGAGGAACGUGGCCUCUUAUGCCCGGAGGAACGUGGCCUCUUAUGCCCGGAGAAACGUGGCCUCUUAUGCUCGGAGGAACGUGGCCUCUUAUGCCCGGAGGAACGUGUCAUUAUCUUGUCGUUGAAAGGGUUACAUGA